AUGGCAACACCUACUGCAGUGAUAAAUUCUUCCCAGUUGCUAAAUCAAGCGACUGAAUUGCUUUGGCAGGACGCUCUGCGUCAUCUCAACUUCACAAACAAUGAAAUUCUCCUUCCAUUGAAUAUCGUUGACCUUAUUGGAAACAAGAACAUCGAAGAGAUCAAAGCUCGUCUCUGCGCUUUGAUCCAUGCUCCUGUGGUGGGAUUUGUCGAUAACUCAAUGAACUCCUUUCGCAUUAUGCGUAGCCCUCCUUUCACUGGCUCUACCAACGAUGCUGCGUCCCAUACUCUUGUCCCAAUGAUCCCAAAUGAUACCCAGCAGAUUGCUGUGGAGCCUGAGAACAAAACUUCUGGCAAAAAGGGUUCUGGCAAAAAGGCCAAAAUCCCCCGUCCUCCCAAUGCUUUCAUUCUUUAUCGCCAGCAUUAUCAUCCAAUCAUUAAAGAAGCACAUCCAGAAUUCCACAACAAUGACAUCUCUGUUACCUUGGGAAAACAGUGGAACAAUGAACCUGAGCAUGUUAAAGCUCACUUCAAAGCCCUUGCAAAUGAAGCUAAGCGCAAACACGCUGAGGAUUAUCCAGACUAUCAGUAUUCUCCUCGAAAGCCUUCUGAGAAAAAGCGUCGUAUUUUGUCUCACUGUUCUCCGGGAAAUGACAAGCACGAUGUUUAUCAGAAUGAGUAUGUUCCUCUUCCAAAUGCUGUUCCUGAAAUGGCCAACGAAGUGACUAUCACUGAAACUGAACCUGACAAUGCAACUCCUAAUAAUGAUUCUCUUAUGUUUGUUCCUACUGUGGAACCUCCUGUGCAAAAUUAUGAUUUUAUCAAUGUAUGGUACUGA